GUCACCUCAGAGAUACAAUGCAAAAGCUGGGCCGGCCCAACGAAUUCCAAAAAAAUGAACUUAUGGCCGUUAUAAUUGGAUGCCACGCCGUCAGUAUUGCAGUUUCCCGCUAUUUCAUAGAUUCCCGCCUUUUAUCACCAGCCGCCGGAUAAGUGAAACUGUGAAAGAUACAGAGAGGCAUCGGUCGGAGGUGAAGCGAAAUGGGGAAAGAUGAGAGAAUGACAGAGUACGAGCGCCGGAGGCUGGAAAACAUCAAGCGGAACGGUGAAAUGCUGGCGGCGCUCAAAAUCCGCUCCACUCUCAACGACCUCUCCGCCGCCCACAAGCGCCAGAGGGCUGAGAGUAAAUCUUACAAACGGAGUCCACUAAAGAAGCCUAAACCCGAAACUCCGGUGGUUCUCCGCCGUUCGAUGAGAACUCGUGGGGUGCCGCCUGAUUCUGCCACUGCCACCGGCCUUGAUGAUUAUCUUGUUGAUGAGAAGAAGAUUAAGGAUAUCUCCCACUUGAAUUCCAACAAGAAAUCCCCUCAAGAGAAGGGACCCCUUCCAUUGACUGAUGCAUACAGUGGUGAUGACGGGUUGGAAUGUAGACUGAGGGAAACUUUCUCCUUCUCUUGGAAGUCUCUACAGGGUGAGGGUGAUGGGGUUCCUUGUGAUUCUAAAGAUGUUGAGAAAUUGAAUGUGAGCAAAAAAAUGCGGGGUGCAGUUGAUGUGGCAGCAUUGGAGUUGAGGCCUCAGAAUGUAGCGCGAUUGGUGCCAGGUAGGAUUAUGAGUGUGAGAUUUUUUCCUACGCUGGAUAUGCAAAUGGUUGUCGUUGGCAACAAGUUUGGAGAUAUUGGAUUUUGGAAUGUUAAUGGGGAGAGGACUGGUGAUGAUGGGAUUUAUUUGUUCCACCCCCACUCAGGGCCUGUUUCUGGUAUCACGAUAGACCCCUUUUCGAUUUCAAAGAUGUAUAGUUCGUGCUAUGAUGGGUUUAUCCGAAUGAUGGAUGUGGAAAAGGAGGUAUUUGACUUGAUUCAUUUCAAUAGAGUCAACACCAUAGACUUUAGCUCGGAAAAUGAGAAUGUUAUGGCUACAAGUUCUACAGAUUCCACUGCUUGUGUUUGGGAUCUAAGAUCCAUAAAUGCCAAUAAGCCAACGCCAUUGAAGACUGUUAAUCAUAGGAGAGCUGUGCAUUCUGCGUUCUUUUCACCCACUGGGAAGUUCCUGGCAACAACAAGUCUUGAUGACAAUGUUGGCUUGUCAGCUGGAGCUAAUUAUGAGAAUACAUACAUGGUAAAUCAUUUCAAUCAGACAGGCAGAUGGAUUUCCACAUUCAGAGGCAUAUGGGGUUGGGAUGAUUCAUCCAUCUUCAUUGGUAAUAUGAAACGAGGAAUUGAUGUCAUCUCCAUUCCCAAUAAGAAAACAGUUGCUACUUUGAAAAGCGACCUCAUGACUGCUAUUCCAUGCCGUUUUGAUGCACAUCCAUGCAACAUAGGUAUGCUCGCAGGUGCAACUAGUGGAGGCCAAGUUUAUAUUUGGAAUCCAUGAUAUAAAGUACUUUUAUUUUUGGAUCAAGUGCUUAUUAUGUGUAUUUGAGGUUUUACUGGGUUGUUUUAGCUACAAUUAUGGAGUGCUUUUUAUAUUUUGCAGCAUGGGAAACCAAAUCUGUGACAACACACUGUUUUAAUGUAUUAGGAAUGUAUCUUUAUCUGAUUCUGUAAUUUCUUUCGGAUUUCUGCGUGAAUGUAUCUUUAUCUGAUUCUAUAAUUUCUUUCGGAUUUCUGUGUGACGAGUGUAACAAUUUCGUUGUUUCAUUUUCUGUGGAACAAAGGAUAAGACUAAUAUGUCAUUUUAGCUGUGUCCCGUGUGUGUGUGUUACUCAUAAGAAAGUACUUUCACUAAUGGAUAAUACUAUGAUAAAUUGAUACUACAUCAAUGAUAUGAAGACGCCUUAUUUCAGAAAAUCACGUGAAAGAGAAACAGCACAAGGAUCUUCAUUAGCGAAAGGAAAGUACUAGGAACGGAGAUUAAGGUUACAGAGACAAGCCGUAGGGAUAGAGAGAGGGUCCUGAAGGGAGAAAAACACAACUAUUACAUUUUAUUGAUUUAUUUAUUUCUUGCUUGGGAACAACUGAAGGUAGACUGAAGAUGUGAAGAAACGUAACCAGAAGAAUCUGGCAAUCUCAGGAUACAACUAGCCAGUCCAUAAAUUCGAAGCGGUGCAGGAUAUAGUCCAGUUUUUGUCGUCGUCAGGGAUAGUCCAAAAGAAGUAGCCGCGCAAUUUCUUAUCCAGGGCGUACUGAAGCUUCGCGGUAACCGAUGGGACAUCGUCAUACCCGAUCCAAUCCUUACUCGCCACUGCAUACAUUGACACGGUUAUGUUGUCGUAGUACACCUUGACCUUCUUCUUCUUCUUCUUGAUGAAAUCCACCACCUCGCUGUAAGUCAUGAUGCCGUCAGCCCCGGGCCCCACGCCCACUGCAGGCGCCCCAAUCUCGAACACUUUGUUGCUCUUGAGCUCCCACGUCUUCCCAUACAACGGGAGCCCCAUCACCAGCAUAUGGGGCGGCACCCCGGCCUGUAUCCACGAGUCGACCCCGUAGCUCACGCUCAGGUUGCCCCCCGUCGCGUCGUACAGCUGCGCGUGUUCCCCCGUGGCGCUCGUGUCCCACGACCCCUUGAGGUCAUAGUCCAUCAUGUUCACCCAAUCGAGGUACUUGGUGAUCUGGGCCGCCGGAUAGCUCCGUGGGGGCCCGGACAGAGAUAUGUCGGCCGCGUAGUACACGGCGGCGGUGAUGAGGAGAGUCUCUUGCUUUUUUUUGCCGGACGCACGCUUCUCGGGCUUGACCGCCGCACGCUUCUCGUGCUUGACCGCCGCACGCCACUCCUUUAGGAGUUGGCCGAGGUUCGCCAUGUCCGACGCGUUCUGCGGGAACUCGUAGUCGAGGUCGAACCCGUCGAACCCGUACUUGCGCGCGACAUCUAUGCUCGACUUAAUGAAGGCCGAACGGGUGUCUGGAUUGGAGGCCAUGUACGAGAAGAGUGAUGGCCCGAUGUCCCCGCCUCCGAUGGAGAAGAGAACCCUCAGCUGGGGAUUCUUGGCCUUGAGGGUCGACGUGAAGUCUUGGAGGGAGUGGUCGAGGUCGGGAGUGAUGUCGAAAGUGAAAGUGGUGUUGUUGGGGACGAGGAAGGCGAAGAAGAUGUGGGUGAAGCACUCGGCGUUGAUAUCAGACGGGGCCAUGUUUUCGGUCGGAAGGAAGUAGGUGGAUUUGACAGGGAUGAGCCGACUUGGGGUGGGAGCGGAAUAAGCAGCGAGGAACAAGAAAGAUAGUGUCGAGGUGAUGAAAAAUAGUUUUGUGACCUCCAUUGUUAGUGUGACAAUGCAAUAGAUGACUAGUUUGUUUAUGGUAAUGAUAAUGAGGAAUAUAUAUAUAUAUAUAUAUAGAACGAAAAACAAACAUGUCAACAUCGAUCCACAAGUUAGAAAAUGGUACUAUUGCACCUUUUAA